CCAGUACAUGCAAUUGCAAAUAGAGAGUAUAUAGUCAGCAACCUUAAUUAGGUCCCCCACAUUUCAACUUCCAUCCGAUUCGUGUUCCUACUUUAUUCCUUCCAUUUAACAAAUUUUUUCUUCAUACUAUAAUGAAAACUAUUCUCUUUACCUCUCUUCUCUCAACAUAGAAUUCAUUUUUCUGCAAGAGUAUCAACCAUGGGCGGUGAAAAGACUGGGAAGCCCACCAUUAUGGUGCUCAAGGUUGAUCUUCAAUGUUGCAACUGCUACACGAAGGUUAAAAAAAUUCUUUGUAAAUUCCCUCAAAUUAGAGACCAGGUAUAUGAUGAGAAGGCUAAUACAGUUACAAUCACUGUGGUAUGUUGCAAUCCUGAGAAACUUCGCGACAAAUUGUGUUGUAAAGGAUGUGGAGUGAUCAAAAGCAUUGAAAUCAAAGAGCCCGAAAAGCGCAAGCAGCUCGAAAAGCUAAAGGAGCUCGAAAAGACCAUAGAUCCCAAAAAGGUUGUGGAGAAUGUUACGAAGGUUAUACCACCAGUGCCACCAGGAUAUUGUUGUGGAGAAUGUUACGAAGGUUAUACCGGUGGCCCAUGUUAUCAUUCGCACGGAAGACAUGUCGCUCCACCCCCGGGAUAUUGUUGUGGACAAUGCUAUGAAGGCUCUACGGGGGGCCCAUGUUAUCAUUCGCACGGAAGAUCGGUCCCUCCGCCCUCAGGAUAUUGUUGCGGAGAAUGCUACGAAGGCUCUACGAGGGGCCCAUGUUAUCAAUCGUAUGGAAGACCGGUCCCCCCGCCCCCGUGUUACGAUAACUAUGGGCCUGGGCCGUAUGGCUACCGUCGUGUGAGCAGAUGUGAUGAGUACUUCUAUGAAGAAAAUGCCACAGGAUGCUCAAUUAUGUAAGGUGAUAGGUCAUUAUCUAGGCUUAUCAAUGUAUCUUUUGAUUGGGCUCCUCUUAAUUGCGAUUGUCUUUUUUCUUUAUAGAUAGCUUUUUAUCAUCUUUGCUUUUUUUUUUUUGGUCAAAUAGAAUAAAAGUCGUUAACCCUCUUGUUGGUAAAGCUUUGAUUAAUAAAUGCCAUUUUUCAACAUUA